GAAAGCAACAUUAACGACAAACGCCUGAGGGAAGCCACACGCUGCGUUUUUGUUAAAAGCUAAAACAAGUGACUUAAUGCACGAACAUCACCCCCCCCCCAAAAAAGGUUUCGUCAUUCAUCGACGAUUCUUGAUAGUCCACAUUUACACCAAGACCGAUGACUGUUGUCAACUUUUAGUCACUCGACGAUGUCAACCAACAUCAGAACUUUCACAAACAACGGGAGAUAACAGAAACGACUUCACGAGCUCUGACGCGCUCGACUUCCGAGGCGGCGGCCGCGUCCCGCGUGUUGCUGAGAGGCGAGCGGCUGAUUUGCACACAGGCCGACUUCAGUAAACCGCAGGAAAGACAAGUGGAGUUUCGAGCGUGCCUGCCGACUUGCCCGUCCUCCCGGGAACGCCGCCGGACUCCAUUCAGGAUGUGCUGAGCCGAAGCCGAGGUCACAUCAACCCGCCCUGGCCCAAGAACUGGAGGCCAAGUCACAACUCUCACCUAUGGUGUGUCCCGGCGUGGAGAGCGGCGUGACGGAUCCGUCGGGGGACGGGUGGAACUGCUGCUGGACUUUGGUGCGGAUAAUCCUGAAAAGACUCACGGUGCAUGGCGGAGAAAGGAUCUGCCUUGCAGUGGAUAUCCAUGGGAUAGCAGAGCAAAGAAAGGAGUGAAAUAACAACUUGAAGCAAGCACACCCGGCCUCUUAAUGGAAUAACUGCGCGAGUGAGCGAGUACGGAAAAGCGGUGGAAUAGAUCAAUGGCAUUUCCAUUUAUUCGGAUGGGUGAAGAUGCUUUGGUGACCUCGUAUGCUGUAACCGAUGAUGACAGAGUACUUCACCGUAUUAGUCUCCUCAGCAAUCUGGCUUGUUCGGGAAGAAGGAGCUCAGUCACUAGGCCUCGCCCUUUAAAGGAACACGACCAACACACAAGCGUCAGGAUGGAUUACUGGCCGCCGCCGUUGAGACCGAGCGUCACGCCGAGAGCGGGGAGAGGAAGGAGGAGGGGGCGGCGGAUGAUGCGGGUCAGCGUGUGAGGUGCCACACCUGAUUACAGGUGACGUCAUCUCCAGUGGCAGGGCGUUCCUGAACGUGAAACAUCGCGGCCUCCACUCCGAUGGCAACCAAAAGGAAAGUGGACGAGAGGAUGAAAGUGAAACACAAGCGACCCAAGUAAACGCAGCGGGAACAAAAGCUCUGGCCGGCCUACGGGAUUUCUGCUCUGGAGCUUUGUCAUAUUUGGUCUUUGGACCCGAUCACCCUUUGGAGCCUGAUGACCUACAAUCAACUCUUCAUCUAUUAUAAAGCAACCACUGGCGAGAUUCGUAGGAGGAGAAAUUGCCCCGUCGGAGCAACUUGAGAAGGUCGCAUCUGCAGCCUGAUCGGCGGAGGCUUGCCUGAGAGGACCGCUGCAGACGAGGAGCAACAAACGCGAGCAAGCCAGCGUCAAGCAAAACCGGCACGCCGGGCUGCUUUCCAAGGCUGUUGUCAGGUUUCACCCCAAAAUCAUUUUUUUUUGUUUUUUUUUUGUACAGGGUCAGACGCUUAUUGGAAAAACUUCAACCUCUGAUGAAGCAAUAAAAGAAGAACUAUGUUGACGUGAGCUGAGGAGCUCCAUUUAUACAAACGCUAUGCUUUGCCACCAUCUUGCUGAGAUUCUUUUCGUUCUUCGACAGUCUUGUGGCCUUCUCGUGUCAAGGAGCUACGUUGAACCGGGGGAGCAUCUGCCUUCAGUCGGCCGGCAAGCAGCUUGGGAGGCGCACCUCGCGCGCCGGCCUUCAUGGUGCGACUUCAUCGCUUCACGCUGUAAAGGAUGAAGCCGGCGAGGGUCGCGCCAUUGCCGUUGCUCUUUGGCGUCUUGCACGUCUGCUUGGCGCAGGCAGACUUUGCCCCGUAUUUCUUCGACAACGGGCCGUACAGCAGCAACGGCAACAUGGCGCUCUUCAGCCUCUCGGAGGACACGCCCGUCGGUACACAAAUUUACUGCCUUAAUGGCAGCGACCCCGAGGGCCAGGAGGUGAGCUACGGCGUUUCCUUCGAUCCGGGUUCCAAGGAGUACUUCGGGGUCAACCCCAAAACGGGUAAUAUCACCUUAGUGCACAAGCUGGAUCGAGAGAAAGAGGAUUCCUUUGACGUAAUGGUGAGCAUCACAGAUGGGAGAAGCAAGGUUGUGGAAAGAGUGACGAUAUUUGUGAUGGACGCAAAUGACGAGAAACCUGAAUUCCAAAACAUGCCUGCCAUCAUUGAUGUCCUUGAGACCACAGAGUCCGGCAACAGCAUCUUCAAAGCGGAGGCUUUGGACAAAGACACGGGUUCGGGGGGAUCGGUCACCUACUACCUUCUGAACACGCAGUCGGCGUUGUUUGCCAUUGACAGACACAGCGGCGUCAUUCGCAUCAAGCUUGAGGAAACGCUGGACUACGAGAAAGCAAAGACGCAUUUUGUCGUUGUGGUCGCGAAGGAUGGGGGAGGAACUUUCAACGGCAAAGAGCAGUUUUUGUCGUCCUCUGCUACGCUGACCAUUAACGUCAUAGAUGCACAAGACACGCCGCCAUCCUUUAUCGGAACGCCGUACUUCGCCUACGUGUAUGAAGUUUCUUCUCCUGGGUCUGAAAUAUUCACCGUUGCGGCUAAAGACGGCGAUGUGGGAAAUCCAAAUCCGAUUCGUUACUCUUUUGUGGAAGGGGACGAUGGAGUUUUUAGCAUCAACGAGACCACUGGUCGUAUCACCCUGCUGACAAGUCCCGCGUUUCUGAAGCGAGAAAUCUUUAACAUUAAAGUCAAAGCAUCUGAAAUCAGCCCCGACGGCCGUCUCCUGGACUACGGCGAGACCGCGGUGGUGAUCCGCGUGGUCGACCUGAACAACAAUCCGCCGACGUUCUACGGCGAAAACGGCACCCAAAGCACGUUUGAGCUGACCAUGUACGAGCAUCCCCCCGAAGGGGAGAUACUCCGGGGGCUCAAAAUCACAGUCAACGACUCCGAUCAGGGGGCCAAUGCGAAAUUCAACUUGAGGCUGAUCGGGCCGGGCAGAAUGUUGCGGGUCGUCCCGCAGACGGUACUGAACGAGGCCCAAGUCACAAUUCUCGUGGAGGACUCGGCAAGCAUGGAUUACGAGAAGCAUCACUUCCUCACGUACAAGCUUCUCGCCGUCGAGAUCGAUACGCCGGAGAGGUUCAGCUCCACGGCCGACAUCAUCGUCCAUCUCCUGGACACCAACGACAACGUGCCGAAAUUCUCCUCGGACUACUACAUCGCCAGAAUUCCGGAGAAUUCACCUGGCGGCUCCAACGUGGUGUCCGUGCUGGCUAUAGACCCGGAUUCAGGGCCAUGGGGUGAUGUGACCUACUCAAUCUAUGGAUCUGGGGCUGACUUGUUCUUGAUCCAGUCCUCUACCGGGAUCAUCUACACGCAACCAUGGGCCAGCCUGGAUGCAGAGGUGCGGUCCAAGUACAACUUUUAUGUCAAGGCAGAGGACUCGGAGGGCAGGUACAGCCUGGCUGAGGUUUUCGUCACCGUGUUGGACCUGAACGACCACCCGCCUGCUUUCAACGAUAACUUCCUGGAGAAGACCAUGGUGAUUGGCGCACCAGUCAAAAUAGAGGCUGUCGACGACGACGCGGAGAUCCCCAACAACGUGAUCGAGUACGCCAUCAUGAAAGCCGAGCCCGACAACAACAUCUUUGACAUCGAUGCCGAUACCGGCGAGAUCAACCUCAAGUCCUACAUCAAGUCCAUGGCCAUCAUCAAGAACAUCACCAACCAGAGGGACUUCACCUGGUCGCUGGUGGUGCAGGCCCGCGACCGAGGCCAGCCUUCGUUCAGCACCACCGCCGUGGUCAAGAUCGACAUCACCGAAGCGGCCCAACUCAAAGGGGGGCCUUUGGGAUCAUUAUUAAUGCACAAUAAAAACAAGCCCAUGCAAAUCGUUGGCGGGCUCGCAGGCGUCAUUAGCUUAAUGGUCACGGUCACGGUCUUCAUCUCCACCGUCACCUUCGUCCGCAACAAAAAGUCCAACCGGGUGGUGCCCAACCGCCGUGUGCGGAGGAGACCCCGCAACCAGCACGCGUGGACCUUCAGGAAUCCCUUCAGGAGAGCGGAGAACCCCGAGGAGAAGUUCCAGGUGGAGGAGGAAGAGCAGGACGCCGGGGCCACGGCCGAAAACGUCAACCACAACAACAACGUGGGCAACGCGGUCCGGCACUGGCCCCCGCCGCACAGCGCCCCUCGGCUCCCGCCUCCGCCGCCGCCGCCGCCCUGCAUCCCGGCGGAGAGGAAGCGGGCGGUGCCCACCGUCUCGGCCGCCGUGGCGGCACGCCCCAAGAAGAAGUCGACGACGCCGGACUCGGUCAACAAGGCGCUGGUGUCAGAACUCAAAAUGAGACUGGAGCAGAAGAGGAUACGCAAUCACUUAUAGUGCUGUGAGCGCAUUAACGUGUAUAUGUAUCCAUGUGUGUGUCUUUGGCCACCCUCCAGCUGUUGGUUUAUGAUUAUUUAUCACACUUUAUUUGAGUUUUCAUCUGAAGUCUCUUCUUCACCUUCAACUUUCAAGCAAGUUCCAGUUGCAAAGUUGCUAAGGCUUCAAAUUAUGCAGAUCAGGUUUAAUUCAAGCCGAGUCUCGUGAAUACCGAGUCAAAGUCAUGUCCUGUCUUUCGUAAGUUUGAGCUAAAAUUGAAACAGAAAUUGACCACUCAGAUCUGAAUCUUGGGGUCGAGUGGCUCGAGUCCCCCACUUCUGAUUUUCAUGUGACGCAAGACUGUCCCUGAAUAUACUGCACUCCCGUUUUUAUGCGAGUGUCCAAUUGUCAGUCACUUCAAUGGUCCUUUGGUGUCAGUGGCCUUGCGACCAGUCCAGGAUGUAGCCACCCUCUCACCCAAUAUCAACUGGGAGGGUCUGCAGAUCACCUCCGACCUGGGUCGUCAUUGAAAAUGAAUGGUUAAUAACAAUAAAGACUCAGACGCAUACAGUACAGGUAGCGCUCCACUACGAAAUGAAUGAAAUUUUGUAGGCAGGGGGUGUGUGGACCGAGAAAAAAUACUAUAAAGUUUCCCCGCUAAAUUUUUUCUACAGAAAUCUAUAGAAUUCGAUGGAAUUUGUACAGAACAACUUGUUCUAUAGAACUUUGGCUGUGAUUUUCUAUAGAAUUUCCAAAGACAAUAACAUUUCUAUAGAACUUCUACAGGACUUGGGUCCUAAAGUUCUAUAGUUCUUUCGAAAUUCUUUAGAAGUGUUCUAUAGAAAUUUUUUUAGCAGGGUUUCAUCAAAAUGUGAAUAAAGCUGUCGACACAGGGAUUAUUUUCUGCAGUAACGUUCAAUGAAACCAGACCUCCAUUUUUUGUCCUCCAUUAACCAGGAAGUCCAGGAAGUUUGAAAUAUCUUUUCAUUUUCCAGAGCAUCCACUAGCAUCACAGAUGAUCUUAUCCCAGAUGACUUUUGCCGGGCGUCGGGCUACACCCUGGACCCAUUUAGUCUUCAAUUCACCUAGCAUGCAUGUAUUUGGAAUGAAACCAGCGCAAACAUGAUAAGCAUCUGGAAAAUCCAAAACUUUGAAGCGUGAACUGUGAACCAUACGAGGCAACUGCGACUCCAACGUUUUGCCAGCAAGACAUCCACAUUUCUCAACUCAACAACUCAACAGUGGUCUCAGACUUUGCACACUUUGCCUGGUUGGACAAUCCGAGUGGCCAUUUUCCCAGCUUCCCAUCCUUUGUUACUUUGUACAUUUUGUGUAAAACUCUCCUUUGUCAAGGACUGAAGGCACCAAUAUCGAGACAAGACUGUGUACAGUUUUUGGAUUCCAACAAUCUCCUUUACAGGGAAAUUUCACUGACACUGGAGCUGGCUAAGGAGAUCAGCCCGAGCUGGUCUUAAGGAAGAAAACCACAGUGAUCCCGUUAAGACCACUUUUAAUCCCAACGACUCACAGGUACGCAGUACAGUUCUGCAAAUUAUUUCUUCACAUUCAAGCAUUAUACGACAUAUUCCUGAUAUUGGCUGCAUUUUUAUUUUUUGGUUUAUGGUUGUAUUUUUGUCAGUAAAGUCCUUGAAAGGC